AUACGUCAAAUUUUCUAAGUUUUACCUUCCGUACUCUCUUCACUUAUCAGUUUCAGUGUAUAAUUAGUGUGAAGUUCUUCAUAUAUAAAAUGGAUUUGUUGAGAACAUAGAUACAAACCGAAUGUUCUGUCCUAAUAGCUGUAGUACGAAGAUAUAUAAAUUAACUCAUACUCACCAUCAGACAAUAAUAUGCCCCCUGCCCUUCCUUGAACAAAUUGCACUCAUAAUACACAUGUGUUGUAAAUACUUUUAUAAUGGAAGAUUUAUUAAUGAAAUGCCCCCUUUGUUGUGAUAAAAAGUUUUCUUCAAGGUUAUUACUUGCUGAACAUUUAUCAAACAUAAUUUCAAACCUUAUUUGUCCAAUUUGUAAAAACAAAUGGUCCUCAAUAGCUCAUCUUAUUGAACAUUUAAAUCUUGAUGAUUGCCAACCAGAUAGGAUAGUUGAAUCGUUAGGAAUACCGGUACUGGAGGAUAGAUCUAAUCAAAAUGUUACUGAAAAUAGUAUAUCUGAAUCGAAGGCAUUUGUAAAUGGAAGUGUAAUUAAAAGUGAAGACCUAGAACAAGUCUCUGUUGAAACAGUAACUGAAGAAUCAAAGGAAAUUGACAGCAAAAUGUAUGUAGAGUUACUGAGCAAGCAAUUGACAAAACCAUGCCUUCAGACCCAGGAGCUAAAAUUUGUAGAAGAGGAUGGUGAAAGUAGAUACGUUAUUAUGGAACAGGAAGAUUCAGAUCUCAAUUUGGAGAAUACAGUAGUAACUAAGCAGAAUAAUGAUGGCACUAUAUCUUUGACAACGGUGAAAGUUUCAGAUUUAGAGGUAGAUCAAGGAACAACAGAGACAGAAGCAGAGGAAACAUCUGAGGAGAUAUACAGCUGCAACACAUGUGGUGUCUCUUUCUCCUCUGUCAUAGAUCAUAUACAGAAUUAUCAUAAUGAUCAAGAAGUAGUUGUUGAGGAACCUUUAGAGGAAGCUGACAAUGAAUCAAAUGGGAUUUCUAUACAGUUAGAUCCUCUUGCUAAGAAUGGUCAUCCACCUAAUGACACAGUAGUUCCUCGGCGAAUGAUCACUGACACUGGCAGUAUUGUGGAAGCGCCAUUAUACCUUAAACAUACAACUGUUUUGUUAUCUGAUGUUCCAAGUGAUUCCAUAAAAGAAAACAUUGGGGAAAAACGAGGGCGCCCCCCGGCAAAGCGAUAUGUCCAAAUUGAAAAAUUCUGCGAUAGUAUUGUUAAAGAUAUAAACCAAAGUGAUGAAAAGGGGGGUCCCUACCAUAAAGUUACAGUGAAAGAUGUUAAAACAACGGAUGGUAAUGAUAUUAAAAUGUAUCAUUGUAUGUCAUGUGAUAUUUAUGUUGGUAACUUAGAAGAGUUUAAAUCAUACACCUGUAAAACAUUGAAGUUCUCCUGUCCCCAUUGUCCAGUGGCAUAUGAAAAUUCGAAAUCCCUGAGUGCGCAUAUGAAAGCUCAUAAGUCAAAAGAUAAAGCAGAUACGAUUUACGAAUGCGAAAUUUGUAAUACCAUAUUCCCAACAAAUAAAUCAUUAAAACUUCAUAAACGAAUGCAUGAUCCGAUCAAAUCACGUCCCAUAGAUCCGCCAGUAACCACAGCAGAGGGUGAAGAGACGGAUAGUGCUCGAUAUAUGUGCACGAUAUGUGAGAAGAUGAUUCCGGUGGACUAUAAAACCAUACACCAAAAUUCCCAUAAACACGAUAACAAAAUGAACUGUAGCGUAUGUAAUAAGAAAUUCCAAUCAAAUGAAUAUUUGGAAAUGCAUAUGAGUGUACAUAAUUUAGAUAAGGUACCGGUUAGUAAAACUGACAAAUCACUUCCAUAUAGCUGUCUUUACUGUACACGACGAUUCGCGAGACCACACGAAAAGGUGAAACAUGAGAGAAUACAUACAGGCGAGAAACCGCACGAGUGUGAGAUAUGCGGGAAGUCGUUUCGCGUAUCCUAUUGCUUGACCCUGCAUAUGCGGACUCAUACCGGCGCACGGCCCUAUGCCUGUACGCAUUGCGGCAAACGCUUCAAAGCGCACAGCGUAUACAACCACCAUUUGCUGACACACUCGGAGGUGCGCGCGUAUAAGUGCCCGUACUGUCCGAAGGCGUUCAAGACCUCCGUACAACUCGCAGGCCACAAGAAUUCCCACACUAAACCAUUCUCAUGUCAACAUUGCAAUAGGCCUUUCGCGUCCCUGUACGCAGUGCGUGUACACACGGAGACGCACCUGCGUCAAAACAACCUUAAGUUCUCUUGUGACUUGUGUGGCGCGAGUUAUGCACGUGCCUUCGCUCUCAAGGACCACGUAAAGCAGGUCCACAAACAGGAGAUCGAUGACUCCGAUCAAGCUGCACCUUUAAGCUCCGACUGGUCAAUAGCAGAAAACGUCGAGAGCGACGCGACAAUACAAACACUCGAUAAAGAUUUAUCGACAGAAGUAACAAUACUCGAAAUGAAUGCUACGGAACUAAUAGUGCCCUGAGUAAAUGAUAUUGUAAAUAGUCAAAAGAAACGUAAACAUCACAAAAUUGUUUUAUAACAUACUUAUAACUUUGUUAUGGCUGUAAAUAAUGUGCAAUUUACAAUAUAUAUUACGGAUUUUAUAAAUUGAAUGCAUAUUGUAUGGUUAACUGUUUUUAGAGAUAUCGGAAUACUUUCCUACUAAAUAAUCAAAUAUAGGUUACAUAUAAUGGUGUAUUAUAUACAUCUGUAUGUGUAUAAUUUAUAUUCAUUGUUUCAUUUCAUAAAAGAAUUCUAUGUAAGAUUAAGAAAAAAACAAAUUUUAUUAUAAAAUAAUCGAUUAUUACUAACUCCUCUAUAGUAUAUUAAUAAUGUAAUACAGUUUUAAUAACAUAUCUCAAAUACUAUAGUGAAUAAACUAUAGUGAUACAAAAUAAUUAAGAAUUCUAAAUCUGAAACAAAUAUGAAUAUCUUGCAUAAAUCUGGCAACACUAGACCUAUAUCCCCUUUGUCGUCGAUGUAAGUAGCUACGGGGUAAAGAACUUAAUUUUACUUUAAUAGUAAGAGUGCUAUUAUUAUCCAUUAUCUAUUUUUCUUUAAUUAUAUCUAACCUGUUUACUACGAUUUUUUAUAAAUCAUCGUAAACAAAAAUAUAGAUUAAGGGUAAUGGGUUAAAGAACAAGAUCCGAUUGAAAUAUGUUAUUAUCAUUGUUAAUGUUCUAAAGAAUUAAUUUUAGUAAUAAUUUUAUAUCCUUAUUUGAGAGUACUGCAUUUUUAAAAUUAUAUCAUUAUAAAGUUUGUUUUAAAACAAUUAUCAAUUAUUGUUUUUAUAAUGACUUUAUUAAAUCAUAUACAUAAUUAUAUAUCAUGUGUGCAAUAUACACAAAAAUACUAAAUAUAGGAUCUUUUCUAUAGGUAUUGGAAUUAAUUGUUUGUUAAAAUGUAUGUUUAUGUUCACUUUAAUGAAGUUAAUAGAUACUAUACAAGCAAUAUAAUACUACAUAAUACACACUUUGUAUACAUAUUACAAAGUUUGUAUUGAUAAUAUUUUGCUUCAUUCAAAGACCGAGCUAUAUAUCGAGCGACAAUGAUCUAGCGGUUUAUAACACCGCUUUACUUCCAAUGAUUGCGGGUUUCAUUCUCCCAUGAUACUAUGUUUUCUAUGUACUUAUAUUUUAUGUAAUUAUGAUUACACAUAUAUGUAAUUGUAAAAAUAUUUAAGUAUCAGUUGUUUAGUACCUAUAUUACAAGCUCUGCUAAUUUGGGACUAGAUGACGCUGUGUGAAUUGUGUUUAGUUAUUAAUGUUUGUGAAAGUAAAUGGCAUCAUUGAUGCCGGGGAUGACUGAAGAGACGGUAAAACAAAUACUGACAAAAUAGAUGUAUGUCGACUUCUUAAAAUUAAUAUUGUUUUUACGUGUGCUGUGUGCUAAACGUGUUAACAGAUAUCUAAGUCAGCAACAAAUUAAAAAUUAUAGUAAUAUUAUUUAAUAUCAUCAAUUGUAAUUGCAAUUAACUGACUUAGAGAAGAAAAAUAAAAGAAAUUAUUUAUAUAAAAAAUCUUUGGUCCUUUAUUCUCAAAAUUUGUUGUUUUAUUUUUUCUUUUAAAUACUUUCUACUAUUUUUUUUAUUGUAAUAAUGUGAACACUUGGAUCUAAUACUUUCAAAAACGAUUAAAAUUUACUUGCUGGGACGUUUGCUGCAGGAUGUCAGUAAACAACAGUACGGCACAGCCUGAUAUUGUGGCAAACACUAAUUACUUAGUACCUAAGUACCGUUGACCGGGAUACAAUGUAGAUGUCUAUCUCUUCCAUAUUUUAAAUAUCUACUAUCACAACUUAAUUGUUUUCUACUUAUAUUUAUAUAAUAUUUGUUGAAAGUAUCAUUUAUUUAUUUAAUUUAAAAUGGCAAAUCACAACUUUUAAGACACUUUAUUAUUAGAUAUAAUUUAAAAUAGUUCACCAUUUUAAAUUGGUGAGUCAGUUCAAUAUUAAACUCAACGAUUGUAUAAAAAGAUACCGAUCUAACAAACUACUCUCAUUGAUUUUUAUAACAAUAGUAAGAAUGUGUUGUAAUUCUAAGAAAUGUUAUCAAUUCUCUAUGAGAAUGGUAAUUCUAAAUGCAUUAGAUGUCAUUAGUUGAUUGUUAAUAAUGAUAAACCUAUCUACCCGGCGGAAAAAAUAAUCUAAGUAUUCAAUUUAUCAUAUAAGAUACUACUACCUACUUUUAUUUGCUAUUUUAUUGGUAAUUGCUUUCUAAUUGGCUAAUGGCUGUCGUAUUUUGUUUCCUAAUAGUCCUUCUCUUUAAAACUAUUGGAUGAUAAGUAUAUGGCGAUGGGUGUCAAAGUGCACCCAUCAACAUUUACUUAUCAUCCAAUAGUUUCAAAGAGAAGGACUAUUAUUACAACACCGGGCGGUGCUCGAGAAAGUAAAAAAAUAAAUAUAAUAGGUAAAAAGUUCAGCUUUAUUUGUUGGUAAUUUUAGAAAUAACACAAAUUGUUAUUAGUUACCUUUCUAACAUCAAUCAAAGAAAAAUAAUAUUAAGUACUUAACAUAGUAUCUACGUAUAUUUGUUGUAUUCGAAGCAAUAUUGAGUGUAAUUUUGUCAAAAUUAUUAGGUAUUUUCUUAUAUUUUUGCGAAUAAAUGCAAAAUCAACUGUGUGUAUGUUUUUUUUUAUAAUACGAAGGAAAUUCAGAAAGUAAGAAACGGCAAGUAUAAUAUGACGCUUACAUAUCUAGAUAUUAUUACA